GUUCGGCGGUUGAAGCCCCCGCUGCUAGCUGGGCGGACCAGAUGGAGCACGAGGCGGCCUCACCCGACAUCGAGGGGGGCGAGACCCAGUUUCUACUGGAUCUAAACCAAGAGGAGGACAAUGUUCUGCAGAUGGAGCAGGAGGUUCUCAGUCCAUGCCCAGCUCACUCCACCCCCGCUGCUGCGAGGGUGGACCAGGAAUCGUCCUUCUUGUCCCUGUGCCGCCGAGCUGCUGCUAAACUGGAGGUACAGUGGCCCUACCCUACACCAGCUCAAAAGCCGUUGAAGUUCGCAGGGUUUUAUCUCCCUUCUGAACCGGCUGAUGUGAAGCACCGUCUGCCUAUGUUUAAGGACUUUGUGUCGGAGCUGACAUCUUCCUGGAGCAAAGCGCUGUCCAUCCCGCCUUCGUGCCCGGACAGGGUCAGUACUUGGAGUGUUUCAGAAAACGGCCCCAAGAGGUGUCGGGUUUCAAAUGUUCAGUCUCCUCUGUUAAUGUCCCGAAAAAUAAACAAAAAACAUGUAGCCCCCUCCCUGGGUGCAAAUUGUGUUUUAAAAUGCAAAACUUUAAUAAACAGUUCUGCAAUUGUUUUCAAUGUGUCAUUAAAGAAUUAUCUUUGUGCACAAACGAACACAAUAAGCUGCGGGCGACAGUCAAUAAUGUUGUCCCUUCC